CAAUCCGCCCUUCCUUUUCUAUUCCAUCCAUCUCUUACGGCACACCAUUCACCACUUCGAGAUAAAGUGGCCAGGAACGCAAGGAAUGCACCCGCGGCUGCCUGUGUCUCUAUCCCUACAGCUAUUCCUCCUCGCACUAUGCAUGCCGUCAUCAUCUAGUUUGGAUAUACCGAUACACCCCAGUGGUCAUUCACGACGCGCGAACGUGCCAUCUACAGGAUAUUUCGACCCCCGAAACAAUGGCGGGAGCUUCUUGACAAAAAUUCCCCAAACGUUUCCCGAAGGUCUCGGUGAACCACUCAACGUCAUCUUAUCUGCAAACUCAGACGCGGCAGUGCUGGUCGACUCGGAGGAUCAUGGCGGAUUACAGAACUACUUCAUCUCACUUGGUUUCGCAGGAGAAUGCCUCGGUCAACAUUCAGGCUCUGACCAGAUGGCCAACCUUGGAGACGGCGAUGGCUACUUAAACGAAACUGCUGUCAUUCGAUGGGCGUACGGCGACCCGACAUUGGGUACAUGUCAGGAGACUAUCAAGGGCGGGAACCAUUUCCGAUAUUGGGUACAGGAUGGGAAGGAAGCUGACAGCAAAGCGGUCUUUAUGGCUCUCUCAUACGAGAAACCAAUUGCGGAGCAACACGAUAUCAUUGAUAAUGGGUACAACCUCGGUCGAGAUUGGCUUAUUGGGAAUGCAACUAACGCGUUCAUCCCGACUUCGAACUUGACCAAUUCAUCGACAUAUACUGGAUCGACGUCGGCGAACGGGUACAUGUACCAGACGAGUGUGCAAUAUGUAUCGGGGUUGUUAUCGAAUACGAGUGAUGGGAUAAAUCAUUUUCAAAGUAUGACUACGAAUGCGGUAGACGGACUGGUUGCCGUCAUGACCGUACAUAUCACCCAGGCGCCGCAACAGGCGACAUCGUCAUCUGCCCUUCAAUCACUCACCCUUCCAACACCCAUAUCCGCCAUCCUCUUACCAUUCCUUCUCUACGUUCUUUUCUUCACUAGAUCAUCAUCAUUAUAGAACAUGCAUAUGCGGACUCUUUUGACUUUCACAUCCCGGAAGUUUCGGACUCGGAAAGUUCGGAAAUCGGAAAUUGGAUAUAACACUCAACACCAACAAAUACCAACACCAAAGACAUAAACAUUUUUCUCUUGAAUCGAGUCGAUUCAACCUAAUUCUGUCUUUCCUUUUUCUUUGUAUGUGUGUUUAUCGAUAUUGCAUUUGUAUGAAAUCAUAAGAUAGUCCAGAUUCAUGUUUAUAAGCCCUAGAUGGGAUACAGCCGUUCAUUCAUUUUAUUUGUAUUAGCAGCAGUAGCGUUAUUCCCUCUCUUGUAAUAUCUCUUAUAGAUUUCCGUUCCUCCCGUUUCUUGGAUAUGGAUAUGGAUACCA